GAACAGAGAAAUCCAAGCAUUCGGAUCCCCACAUCCGAUCCGAGCUCGUACCUUUGGCUUGGCUCUUCAUUUCCUUCUCUCCCUCCCAUAUUGUUAAUUUGAUGCAGGAGAAGGAAAACGUGUGAUUGGAAAUCAAGCUUACAUAUUUGACAGGUUUCGGUUUCGUUUCUGUGAUCAAAUUUUCAUUUUGUUGCCCCGCAGCUUAUUUGUUAUGGUCACAAUUUCUUCCCAAUGCUUUAAUUUUCUCUUCUUCUUCUUCUCUCUCCCCUCGCUCCCGUGGGUUUCUGAAAGCGAAAUUUAUAUAUACAUUUCAACUCAGAGCUCCAAAAAGUCCUUCCGGAACGCACAGAGAGACAAUUUGCGACAAGGGUAGAGAGAGAGAGAGAGAGAGAGAGAGGGACGAAGAAAGUUAUAAUAAGGGGAGAAGGAACAAAGAAAUUUGUUUGGGGAAAGGCUUUAAAUGCGAGUUGGUUGAUGGGAGUCUUUCCUCCUCCUUCUUCUUUCUUUCUUUCUUUCUUUCCUUCCCUCUCUCUUAACGCCUAAGCAUCCAUCCCCGUUAAAAGCCCUUCUUCCUUCCUUCCUUUUCCGCCAUCUCCCUCUCCUUGUCUGUGCGUCCAAUAUAAAUAUAUAUCGACCUUAAAGCCUAAAUCUUUGUAGAUCACACAACACCCUUCCUUCCUUCCUUGUACCUCAAUCUUGUGUCUGGAAGGCUUAGAGAAAAUAAUAAAUAUAUAUAUAAAAUAAAAAGGGGAAAGCAGAGAUGGAAUUCUAUCCAUACCCUCCUCGGUUUUCUGUGUCUUCUCUGUCCUGCUGUCGGGAUUUCGUCGAAAGAGUUAAGGAAGUUUGCAACUUCGCCUUAUCUGCGGUUAUUGGGAAUGUUUUCUCCGCGAUCUUCACCUUCUUCUUCGCAUUAGUGGGGACCUUGUUGGGAGCCAUGACAGGAGCUUUGAUAGGUCAAGAAACUGAGAGUGGAUUUGUUAGAGGGGCUGCUGUUGGUGCCAUAUCUGGUGCUGUUUUCUCCAUUGAAGUCUUUGAAUCUUCACUUGUCCUUUGGCAGUCUGAUGAAUCAGGCAUUGGCUGCAUCUUGUACUUGAUUGAUGUUAUUGCCAGUCUUCUUAGUGGAAGGCUUGUGAGGGAGCGAAUCGGUCCUGCCAUGUUAAGCGCGGUGCAAAGUCAAAUGGGAGCUGUAGAAACAAGCUUUGAGGAGGUCCCGAACCUAUUUGACACAGGUGGUGCCAAAGGACUUGCUGGAGAUUCAGUGGAGAAAAUCCCCAAAAUCAAGAUCACAAGCAAAAACAAUGUGGAUGGUUCUGGGGAUAGAGUUUCUUGUUCAGUUUGCCUUCAGGACUUCCAGCUUGGAGAGACAGUUAGAAGCUUGCCACAUUGUCACCACAUGUUUCAUCUGCCCUGCAUAGAUAAAUGGCUACUCCGCCACGCAUCUUGCCCUCUUUGCAGAAGAGAUCUCUAAUUCGUCUUACCGCUGUAAAUUUGUUUACCAUAAUGUUUCUUCCUUCCAUCUGAUUGAUUACCCGCCCCAAGUCGAUCUUUGUUAUAUGUUCUUCAUCAUCAUCAUCAUCAUCGUUUUCAGAUGAUCGAUCAGUUCUGCCCCCCACCCGGCAAUCCACAGCAUCUUGUAGCUUAUGCAGCUCAGUGGGGUGAACGAUCAUGAUCUAGAUUAGGGUAUAUCUUCUGAAUAUGUAUAAAGUUUUGAGAACACUAUCGUAUAUUGUAUUAGAAGUUCACCUGAUCCAUCUUCAGAACUGACCACCACAGGGUAUAGGGUUUCCACUUUUACAGCCGACGGAUAUUGUUUCCUUUACUCUGCCUUGCAAUCAACUUAACCUUUGUUUAUUAAAUGUCCCAAGUUCGGGUGCAAUGGUUUCGAGUACAUCAAACAGAUGCUUUGCUACCAUUAUGGAGCUGCUGCAUCUGCAUCUGCAUCUCUUGUGAAUUAAAUAUGUAUUUGUUGUAUCAUCCAUGAAGGGUAGGCCAUCAACAUUAAAUACCAACAGCAACCACUAUAGUUUGCACAAGAGAGGUUGGCUAGAUAUUUUUGUCAGUUGAAUGAAUUUCCACUUCACUGUGCCAUGGCAGCAGUAAUUAGAUGACUUGGCAAAGUGAAGUGAGCAAGCAACAAUGCCAAGCCCACGAUAGAUAGACAGAAAGGUACCACCAUAAAUAAAAAUCCCACCUAACAGUCUCCUUCGAGUUGGUGCAUCCGCCCAUUCCAUCCCAAAACCAGGAACUUGAAGGAAGUGGUGGACUGGUGGUGGUGACUUGUUACUGCGGAUGUUAGAUGGAAUGGAUCGUCAUGUUCAUAUCACGUUGGCCAGGGCAUGAUACAAUGACAACGAAGACGCAAAUGGUUCUUCCUUCCUGUAACUGUAAGGAACCAGCUUAAAGAAAGAAAGAAAGAAAGAUAUUUGUAGGCUUUUUCUUGCAUAUUCAUCGCCACCUACUACCUAACCUAAAGAGUAAGCAGAAAUAGGUCCUCUUUGUUUCCUUUACUUUGCCUGCGUACCAUUCUGAAGUGGGCGGGGGUCUAUCAGUUUUGUGCGGUUUGAUUUGUCCCUCGCUUGAACAAGGGUUUACUUAUAAGGAUAUUGUAACUUGUAUUUGAAGGCCAAGGAGGAAUGCCAGAG